AAAAAACCCUACUAAAACCCAUUCGUCUCUCAACUUUAGCUCAGUGCUACCGAAAUCAAAAUCCACCAUCGUUUCUCUUCCGAGUGUUUAGAAGUUUGCGACUAUGAUCAGGCUCUCUAAGCGCUCCGUCUCUACCUUCCUACGCUCCGGUAACGGAAGCUUCCGUGUCGCCGCCGCAGCUUCCACCUCCCGCUCUUCCCCAUCUGCCACGGAUGUGAAGAGAAGUGACACUGAAUCGAGAUGGUACUCAUCUUUAACCAAUGGACAAUCUAAGAAAAGUGGGUCAUUGGCUCAAUUAAACAUGAAAACCAAUUGGUUUAUGGGAUACCGGAACGAAUCCAGUGCAGCUGCAUCAGACUCUUCCUCGCAAGCUCCUCCACCGGCUGAGAAAUUCGAGUAUCAAGCUGAAGUUAGUCGCCUCAUGGACCUUAUUGUUAACAGCUUAUACAGCAAUAAGGAGGUGUUUCUUCGGGAGCUUAUUAGUAAUGCUAGUGAUGCAUUGGAUAAGCUUCGUUAUCUGAGCGUUACCGACCCUGACCUUUCAAAAGAUGCUCCUAAUCUUGAUAUACGUAUCUAUGCAGACAAGGAGAAUGGGAUCAUAACUCUCACUGAUUCUGGUAUUGGUAUGACACGGCAAGAAUUAGUUGACUGUCUUGGGACUAUUGCUCAAAGUGGAACUGCCAAGUUCAUGAAAGCUCUAAAGGAUAGCAAGGAUGCAGGUGGUGACAACAAUUUAAUUGGUCAAUUUGGUGUGGGAUUCUAUUCAGCAUUUUUGGUUGCAGAUCGGGUAAUUGUGUCAACCAAGAGCCCUAAGUCUGAUAAGCAAUAUGUAUGGGAAGGAGAAGCAAAUUCAAGCAGUUUUACCAUUCAGGAGGAUACUGAUCCACAGUCUCUCAUUCCUAGAGGAACUCGUAUUACUUUGCAUCUUAAGCAAGAAGCCAAAAACUUUGCAGAUCCUGAGCGGAUUCAGAAGCUCGUGAAAAACUAUUCCCAGUUUGUUUCUUUCCCUAUUUACACGUGGCAGGAAAAAGGAUACACAAAAGAGGUUGAGGUUGAAGAUGAUCCAACUGAAACAAAAAAAGAUGACCAAGAUGACCAAACUGAGAAAAAGAAGAAGACCAAGAAGGUUGUUGAGAGAUAUUGGGAUUGGGAGCUUACAAAUGAGACACAACCGAUUUGGUUGCGUAACCCUAAGGAGGUGACAAAAGAAGAAUACAAUGAGUUUUACAGAAAAGCUUUCAAUGAGUAUUUGGACCCAUUGGCAUCAUCCCAUUUCACGACAGAGGGCGAAGUCGAGUUUAGAUCUAUCCUAUAUGUGCCACCUGUUUCACCAACGGGGAAGGAUGACAUAGUCAAUCAAAAGACAAAGAACAUAAGGCUCUAUGUAAAACGAGUUUUCAUUUCAGAUGACUUUGAUGGGGAGCUGUUUCCUCGGUAUUUGAGCUUUGUUAAAGGUGUUGUGGACUCGCAUGAUCUCCCACUUAAUGUAUCCCGUGAGAUUCUUCAAGAAAGUCGCAUUGUGCGGAUCAUGAAGAAACGCCUAGUGAGGAAGGCUUUUGAUAUGAUUUUGGGUAUAUCCUUAAGUGAAAACAGAGAAGACUAUGAGACGUUUUGGGAGAAUUUUGGCAAACACUUGAAACUGGGAUGCAUUGAGGACCGUGAAAACCACAAGCGUAUAGCGCCACUGCUUCGAUUUUUCUCCUCCCAGAGUGAGAAUGACAUGAUCAGCUUGGAUGAGUAUGUUGAGAACAUGAAACCUGAACAGAAAGCCAUAUAUUUCAUUGCUUCUGACAGCAUUACAAGUGCUAAGAAUGCACCUUUCCUCGAAAAGAUGCUGGAGAAGGGACUUGAAGUACUAUAUUUGGUAGAGCCUAUUGAUGAAGUUGCCAUACAGAGUUUAAAAGCUUAUAAGGAUAAGGAUUUUGUAGAUAUCAGCAAGGAAGACUUGGAUCUAGGAGACAAGAACGAGGAGAAAGAGGCAGCAGUGAAAAAAGAGUUUGGACAGACUUGUGAUUGGAUAAAGAAACGAUUGGGUGAUAAGGUUGCCAGUGUUCAAAUAUCCAACCGUCUUAGUUCUUCCCCCUGUGUUCUUGUAUCUGGUAAAUUUGGUUGGUCAGCCAAUAUGGAGAGGCUAAUGAAGGCACAAUCAGCUGGUGACACAACAAGCCUUGAGUUCAUGAAAGGGAGAAGAGUGUUUGAGAUCAAUCCCGACCACUCGAUUAUCAAGAACAUAAAUGCUGCUUACAAUAGUAACCCAAAUGACGAAGAUGCAAUGAGAGCCAUAGAUCUUAUGUAUGACGCAGCACUAGUUUCUAGUGGGUUCACGCCUGAGAAUCCAGCAGAGCUGGGUGGGAAGAUAUAUGAGAUGAUGGGUAUAGCUCUUUCCGCGAAAUGGUCAAGACCUGAGGUGCAGCCGCAGCAACAGCAGAUGGCACAUUCUCACGAUGCAGAGACAUUUGAAGCUGAAGUGGUUGAACCAGUUGAAAUAGAGAGAGUCGAUUACUUUCGAGAUCGAGUUGGAUACGUAGUUUUGAGGGUUGAUUCAGUUUAUCUCUAUGAAUUUUGCAUUAAAUUGAUGGGCACAUCAUCUGGGUCCAAUCUUCCUCACCAGAUGCUACCUCCACGUCAGCAAUUGCAAACAUCUCUUUCACUUGUAUCUUCGGAUCCCCACUUGUCACGAUCUAAUUCUGGCAUUGUGCGUGAAUCACCAGCUGAAAGUGCCAGCUCUCAAGAAACUUGGCCAACCUCAAAAUCUAUCAUGGGAAAUAAGACAGAGAGCGGAAAGACAGGGCCUGACUCUCAUGAUCAACUUGUCAUCCGCCAUGUUUCCAUUGCCGAUAAGGUAUCACUACGGGACAUAGCUAGAGAGAGAGUUGACAUAGUCGCUGAGAGAAUGCACCGAUUACCAGAUGAAUAUCUCGGGGAGUUAAAGAAUGGCCUUAAGGCUAUCCUUGAGGGAAAUGGUGCCCAGCCUAUAGAUGAGUUUAUGUUUCUGCAGAAGUUUGUCCAGACGAGAUCUGAUUUAACUUCAAAGACACUUGUCAGGGCUCACCGAGUGCAGCUUGAAAUCCUUGUGGUUAUAAACACUGGAAUCCAAGCAUUCUUGCACCCAAACAUCAAUCUCUCUCAGUCAUUGCUCAUCGAGAUCUUUGUGUACAAGAGAUGCAGAAACAUAGCGUGCCAAAACGAACUCCCGGCUGAUGGCUGUCCCUGUGAUAUAUGCGCUAAUAGGAAAGGCUUCUGCAACCUGUGCAUGUGUGUGAUCUGUAACAAGUUUGACUUUGCGGUCAACACAUGCCGCUGGAUUGGCUGCGAUGUGUGUUCUCAUUGGACUCAUACGGAUUGUGCUAUUAGGGAUGGAGAGAUUUCGAUGGGAGUUUCUCCCAAGAGCGUAUCUGGGAUGGGAGAAAUGUUGUUCAAGUGUCGAGCCUGCAACCAUACUUCUGAAUUGCUGGGGUGGGUUAAAGAUGUGUUUCAGCACUGUGCACCAAACUGGGAUAGGGAAUCUUUGAUGAAGGAACUAGACUUCGUGAGUAGGAUUUUCCGUGGAAGCGAAGAUACAAAAGGCCGGAAACUAUUCUGGAAGUGUGAGGAACUUAUUGACAAGAUUAAAGGUGGACUGGCGGAAGCAACAGCUGCCAAGUUGAUACUGAUGUUUUUCCAAGAAAUUGAAUUGGACUCUCCAAAGAGCCUUGAAAGCGGAGAAGGUGGGGGAACAAUAGCACCUCAAGAUGCAUGCAACCGAAUUGCUGAAGUUGUAAAGGAAACACUGAGGAAAAUGGAGAUAGUGGGUGAGGAAAAGAUGAGGAUGUACAAGAAAGCGCGAAUGGGGCUUGAGGAAUGCGAGAGAGAGGUGGAAGAGAAAGCAAAGCAAGUGGCGGAACUGCAGAUGGAGAGGCAAAAGAAGAAACAACAGAUAGAAGAGGUGGAGAAGAUAGUGAGGCUGAAGCAAGCAGAGGCAGAUAUGUUUCAGUUAAAAGCAAACGAAGCGAAAGUGGAAGCAGAGAGAUUGGAGAGGAUUGUGAAAGCGAAGAGGGAGAAAACAGAAGAGGAAUACGCAAGUAACUACUUGAAACUGAGGCUGAGCGAGGCAGAGGCAGAGAAAGAGUAUCUAUUUCAAAAAAUAAAAGAGCAGGAAAGUGGUGGAAAUGGUGGUGAGGCGUCACAAGCAGUGAUGUACUCAAAGAUCAGAGAAAUGAUUGAUGGAUACAAUGCCUCUUCUUCGCCAAGAGUAGAUCCAAGAUCUAACCAGCGAAAUCCUUUCAGAUCCAAUCCUUAGAUAUUUGUAAUAUUGUCUCCCUUUGUUUGUCUUAAAAAAUUCUUCGAAUCAAUUGAGGUUGGAUUU